ACGGCAGUAAAGAUGGCGGCGCUGCAGGAGGAGCAGUGCUACCAACUCUCCUGUGGGAGAGUGAAGAGUGGCAGCAAUGUCUCACUCCUCCACGUGAAACUCACUGACAGCGCGCUGAGGGCGUUUGAGGGCCUCCACGGCGGAAAGGUCCAGUCCUCACAACUAUCCAUCAGAUUUAAUGGAAAUCAAGGGAUAAUUUCAUUACCACGGACAGAAAAUUCCAGUGACCCUCAGACAUUUACUUUUUACUUGUCAAAUGUGGGGAGAGAUAAUCCCCAGGGCAGCUUUGACUGCAUUCAGCAGUACACCACCAGUAAGGGGAACGUUGAUCUGGAUUGUUUGGGUGCAAUCCAGCACAAGAUCACUGUAUGUGCCACAGAUGACUCCUACCAGAAAGCCAGGGAAAGUAUGGCCCAGGUCGAGGAGGAGACUCGCAGUAGGAGUGCCAUUGUCAUCAAGCCAGGGGUCAGACACGGAGCAGCUAAGCGGGUCCUAGUCCAGAGGCUGAGGCCUGCCCCUCCAGUCAUCAGCUCUCAUGAUAGCCGGAAAAAAGGCGUAAUUCAGCACAAGCCCCUCCGAGAGCGCCUCAUACACCUGCUGGCGCUCAAACCUUACAGAAAGCCUGAGCUGAUCCUGAGGUUGCAGAAAGACGGCCUCACGCCAGUUGACAAAGACUCUCUGGACAGCCACCUGAAACAGGUUGCAAAUCUGAAUGGGAAAGAAAACACCUUCACAUUGAAGAACUUCUUGUACAAGGAAAUCCAGAAGGAUUGGCCAGGGUACACAGAAGGAGACCAGCAGCUUCUCAAGAGAAUUCUGUUCAGUAAGAACCCUCAGAACUCCUCCGAUCCUUCACCAGAGAGCCUACCCAAACAGCAAGCCAGCAGCUCUCAGUCUCGGAAACGUCCGUCUGCUGAAUUCAUCGACCCCCUCGUCAACAAAAAGCCUCGGAUAUCACACCUUGCCAGCAAGGCUGCAACAGCCCCAGUAAAUGGCCAAAUCAGCUCGUCCAAUGGGAGAGGAAGGAAGGCAGGAGACACGCUGUCGGGCGGGAGCCUUUCUGUGUCAGAUGGCAUCGUGGCAUCUGGCGCCCAACAGCUCCCAUUGCUGGACAUCCCUCGUCCUUUGGAGGCAUUGUCGGAUGUCAGCAAUGACUCCAACUGCGACUCUAAUAAACUCGCAGUGUCUGAGCGGCUCAGCCAGGCGCCUUCGCUAUUACCUGUGUCAAAAGUGGUAACAGCACCUGGCGAAUGCCGGCCAUCCCACAGACGCACAGACAUGGAGGCCCCACAGGACACGGGUCCCUCACCGCUAAAUAACAAACCAAAAAAGAACUCAAAAAAACAUAAAGACAAGGAGAAGAACAAAGAAAGGGAGAGGGAAAAGGAGCAGGAUAUGAAGAGUUGCAACGAGCGAGUGCCUAAGCCCAGCAGAGCCAAUGAGACGAGCGAGCCAAGCCUCAAAAGCAGCAGUACUCCAGGCACAAGACCAGUUUGGAAUGGAACAUGCAACAGCAGUCUUCCUUCAUCAUCAGCUGAGGUGGCGGACUAUUUAUUGAAGUACACAGAGGUAAAAACCCAGGAGCAGCGUCAGAUGUAUAAAAAUGACUUCAACUCUGAGUACAGUGAAUACCGGAGACUGCAUGCUCGGAUAGAAAGCAUCACCCAUCAUUUCAGCGUGCUCCACAAUGAGCUGAAACCGCUCCAACAAGACACAGACAAGUACAAGACAAUCCAUAAUCAGAUUAUCGAGGAGUAUCGCAAAAUAAAAAAAACUAAUCCAAACUACACCCAAGAGAAGAACCGCUGUGAAUAUUUACACAAAAAACUGGCACAUAUAAAGAAACUGAUUGCAGAGUUCGAUCAACACCAUCUUUAGAAAGUAGGUUUUGGACAUUGUUUCCCUCUUAUCUCUGGAAACCAGGCUGAUAGAGGAAAACUCUAGUUCUUGCAAAAAAAAAAAAAAAAAACACACUCACAAAAAAAAAAAAAAAAAAAAAAAAAAA